CCCGUGGACGUCUCCCGUCUCGAGCUCGUCGUCGGCACCGUAAGAAGCGUGAAGCGCCACCCCGAUGCGGACUCGUUGUACGUCGAAGAGAUCGAUCUCGGUGGCGAUGCGCCCCGUCAAGUCGUGAGCGGACUAGUCAAGCACAUCUCUGAAGACGAUUUCACCGGUUUGCGCGUCGUGUGUGUGGCCAACAUGAAACCCUCCAAAAUGCGCGGCGUGGAAUCUACCGCCAUGGUUCUGUGUGGUACGAACGCCGAGGGCAAGACCGAACCCGUCGCGCCUCCCGCUGGCGCCGCCAACGGCGCGCGCGUCUCUUGCGAAGGUUUCGUCGGCGACGCCGACCCGACGCUCAAUCCCAGGAAGAAAAUUUUUGAAACCGUCAGCAUCGACUUCUCUGUCACGCCCGAGGGCAUCGCCGCGUACAAGGGCGUUCCAUUCGCGUGCGCAGAAGGUCCGUGCACGCUACCGACGAUCCGAGAGGGCGUUAUCAAGUAG